GCACAUGAACUUCCACACUCACACAGCAGAGGCCAAGACUAUAAGGUUACAAAAAAAGGAAAGAAUUUAAGGAAAGUUGUUGUCCCGAUGGUUGCGAUUUACACUCUGGGUGAGACCUCAAAUAUGUUUUCAGUAUUUUUCUUUGGUUUCUGUCACCUCUAACUGCUUUCAAAGCUGUCAUCAUUUAUUUUAAAUCGCAUCUGGCUGCUUGACUGAGGCUUGUGCAGGAUUGUCCACAAAUUUAACACAUGGUGAAUGAAACUUGACCUGACAGGUUCAGCCUUCAUUUUGAAUUAAAUAUAAAUCUUGAUGUCUGUGGUUAUUUUGGACACAUCAUGAAGCUGACACUCAAGCGUCUCUGUGUGGCACCGUGUCCGUGUGCAGUAAGAACUACAAUUCCCAUGACAGGAAGCUCAGUGCAAAUGUUGCCUUCAAGUCCUCCCAGUAAAUCCCACAGACUUACUUUUCAGAGUCAUAAAUGCAACCGUUUGGUGCGGUAAAUAAAGAGGAAUUUGGACGCUGUUAUAAUCUAGUUUUUUUUGGGAAGAUAUUGUCUGAUUCAGGAGCAUAUUAGGUUAAGUCUAACCAGCGUCUAAUUUGAGGCAUAUUUGUGGAAAGAAAUUCUUAUGCCCAAAUUAGCCUCCUACUGUUAACUUUAAUAAUUAUUAAAUUAUUAUUAUUUUAAAAUAAUUACACAUGUAACUUGCUAAUCAGUCCAGUUGGCUAGCACUAACGUUAGCAAUUAGUUUAUUUUUAUUGUUAUUUGACAUAUAAAUUGAAGUAUUCUUUUGCUAGAAUUGCUAUUCUGAAACUGGCAUCAUAGUUGAAACAGUCUGUGUGAAAUUAACAGAUAUAAUUAUUGUUGUAGUUGUUAGCAGGAGUGGUUUUAUUGCCGGUUUUCUUCAGGCUGCAGUUAUUUAUAGGAUAUAUAAAUGUGCCUGGAAAAAAUAUUUGUAAUGUUUCUUUUAAGUAGUAUAUAUCAAAGUUUACAUCCUAUUUUUUCAGGUUGUGUUAAUGAGGCGUUAUUGCACUUUUUAAAAAAUAAAAUUCGCAAUUUUAGAGACUAAAUUUCCUAUCUUUGUAAUUUCCCAUACGAUCGACAGCACUUGAACGCAUCACAGCAAACCCCAUGAUGUGUGAGAACUUUGACCUGAAUCACAACAAACUGCGGGGAUAAUAUGAGGAAGUGCUUAUUCGGAGAUCAUUUUCAGACCUGCAGGAAAGAAAAGUCACAGCAAAGUGAGUGUUGAAAUAAUAACUUCUGGUCUUCUGCAGUGUUACAGGAAGCGCUGUUUGGCAGCUUUUUGCAUCAUCAUCAGAGCCGAAAUGUCCCUCAGAUACCACAACAAAGUUGUCAUUGUAACUGGAGGAUCCAAAGGGAUUGGAAAAGGGAUAGUCAAAGUGUUUGUGGAGAAUGGAGCCAAAGUGGUGUUCUGUGCAAGAGGAGGUGCAGCAGGUGAGGCUCUGGAGGCGGAGCUAAACAAAGCAGGGCCCGGCUCAUGCAAAUUUGUCACCUGUGACAUCUCCAAAGAGGACGACAUCAAGAGACUGGUCGCUGUCACAGUGGAGCGUCACGGACACGUUGACUGUCUGGUGAACAACGCAGGGUGGCACCCGCCUCAUAUACCCACUGACGACACCACAGCUGAUCAGUUCAGAGAUCUGCUGAAUCUGAACCUCGUCAGCUACUUCCUAGCCUCUAAAGUAAAUAUGCUGUUGCCCUACCUGCGGCAGCGGCAGGGAAACAUCAUUAACGUCUCCAGUCUGGUUGCAACCAUCGGUCAGAAACAUGCUGCACCGUACGUCGCCACCAAGGGGGCGAUCAUCUCCAUGACCAAGGCCAUGGCUGUGGAUGAGAGUCGCUACAAUGUGAGAGUGAACAGCCUCUCUCCAGGCAAUGUGCUGACACCUCUGUGGGAAGAGUUAGCAGGACAGACACCAGAUGCUGCAGCGGCCAUUAAAGAGGGAGAAAAUUUUCAGCUGCUGGGUCGUAUGGGGACUGAGCAGGAGUGUGGACUGGCUGCCUUGUAUCUGGCUGCUGAUGCGACUUUCUGCACUGGGAUCGAGCUGCUGCUGAGCGGCGGAGCUGAACUCAACUACGGCAUCAAGAGUCAGAUCCCCUCCUGAGGGUCCUCGUCUCCACAGUCUCCUCAUCACAUAGCUGAUGUAACAGAUACACACAAUACCAUUAAAAAAUUUGGAGUCUCCUGCCACAAACAUUGUACAAUGGUCCAACCAGACUGACCAGUUAAGCAGCAAAAAGAGACAAAGAUCCCUUUGACAAACAGAAAAGAAGUCAUCAGUCAGUGGUAAAAGAAAGUUUCGUAAAAUUUCUGUGUCUGUGCAGUGCAUAGUGCCUAUAACAAACUGUCUUUAGCUUUAUAAUAGUAAUAAAAAAAUAUUAGUUCAAAACAAAACAAGUGACAUUACAAAUAAGAGAAAAAUACCUAAGGACAUUCAAAGAAAACAAGGUGACUUAAAGAACUUGACAUGAUGUAUAGUAGAUUAGAUGUAUAACAACCUUUAAAAAAAAAUUAAAUUAUGAUAUUAAAAAAUUGUAAAAGGGUAAUAAUAAUCAUAAAUGUAUUACAUGUUUUGAGAAAAUAAAAACAAUAAUACUAGGUGUUGAUAAUAAGGGAGGGAUGGAAAAAUAACAAAAUAUAAAGUUUGAUGUUUAGAAUUAUCAGCAACUGAAGUAUGGAGGGUCCUGGCAGGGAUUCAGACCGGAAUUAUAUGUUUUUAUAUAUCUUUCCCUUUUUGAGAGCUAUUAAUGAUGAAAGCAAUAAAAAGCAUCAUUAUAGCAGGUGAAUCCAAACUUUUAGACAGUAUUGUAUGAUCAAGUGCGCUGCUAACAUUACUAAAGUGAACACUGAAUGGAUGUAAACACAGGGAGGAUUUUAAUUAAGUUAAUUAUAAAGUGACUUUUCAUUCAUGGUCUUUAGCAAAUUGCCUUUCUGAGAUCAGUCAGCUUAAAAUGUUGGCAUCCUGACCAACUGUAAGCGGACCGGCGCCCCUCCCCACCGCUCGACCAAUCAGCGUCGACCUCUUUGACCUCGAGUAACCUCCGUUUUUGAGGCUGCUGGUGUCCGCCAAUCAGAUGUCACGCUUUUGUCACGCCCUCAAUGACUUCUUGACUGAAUUAUAAUAACACUGCAUUAUUAAAUUUACUUUGUGGCUCAUUUUUCCAUUUAAAUACUUACAUAAACUAAAUAUACAGAACAGCCCGAGUGAUUUUACAUUUUUAACCCUAAACAAAUAGAAAAAAAUUACAAACUUUUAUAAACUAGCUACGUCAAUUGAUUUCCUUAAAGGAGUAAUAUUACGAAGGUUUUUUUUUUUUUUUUUUAUGUCUGGGAGGUUUCUGGUUUCUCCUCAGCCGAUCAGCGUGUCCUGUUUCAAAGCGGAACUCAAGUUGACUUUCAGCUGAGGGUUUGUUUCCGCACGAACAAAUAAUCUUUUAUCACAGCGGAGAUGGCAGCCCUCCGAACGGUGAGUUCAUUGACCGAUGUCUGUGUGCUGUUUAUUAUCUGUUUACAUUGCCUGUCUGGGUAAAUGAUUCACUUAAAUUAGAGAUAAGUCGGCCGAUAAAGAUAAAAACAUAGUCUGGUUUACUCGGAGUGGUGUGUCUGCCCCGUAAGCUUCGAUGGUGGCAAAACAAUGCAGCGUGGAAAGGUCAUUAAACCAAACUUCAUGCUGAAAAUUGUGAAUUUAAAAUUGUCGCCUUUGUCAUCAAAAAUAACCCUUCGGAAAACAUAACUCAAUGUAUUUUUUAAUAUCUUUAAGGCUUCAUAGUGAUUUCGGCGGACAUUCAAUCAACAUGUUUGACUGUAAUUUAUGAGGAAAAAAAUAAGUUGUAUAUCUUCUCUACAUUUACGGUGUGUGUGGUUGAAGGCAAGCAAGACAGUUAAAUUAUUGGCAGAUUAUAAGUAUGCCGAUUGAAGAAUGUAUCCGUCUGAUGCUAGAGAAGUCCUGAUUUUUUUUGUAAACGACCCCUCGAGAAUGUUUGUUUGAAUUGUCAUAUUUGUAAAUGGUUUGGCCUGAAGCUAGCAGGCAGCUUUCGUCUCUUCGGGUGGCUUAGAAAAUGAAGUGUAUAUGCCUGUUGAUAAUUCAUUGUGCUUGUUCUUCGAGAUUCGCAUUUUACUUAAAUUGCUGUCUCAAAGCUGCUGAUGCUAACUAGCAUAUGGCAAUUUUGUUCAACUUUAACUCAAGCCUGUGGGUCCAGAUUAAGUAAAUCAAAAUUUAGUGUUUCAUGCAUCUGAUUAACACGUGCAUUGCACAAACGUCCCUGCAAAUAUAUUUGAUUAUUUAGUGAAAACUCAUGGUCGCAAUAAAGAUUGAACUUGCAUCAUC